AUGGCCAGCCACAACGAUAACAACAAUUUAUCAUCGGUCCAAGCUUCACUCUAUGAACUGAGUCAGCAAGUCUUGACGGUGCAGCAAAAUAUCCGAGUCCUCGGUCAAGAUCUUCAAGAGUCGAGGAACAGCGGACAGCAGGAGAUUGCGACUCCUGACCUGGACUCUAGCCCCCCAGCUGCCGCCGCCCAUGACAACAUGGAGGUAGUCGAGCUGGAGAGCACACAGGAAGAACCGGUCGAGCGGGAGAGCAGGAUGCAGACAGAAGAACCGGUCGAGGUGGUGGUGGAUAACGCCACCCAGCUUUCCAGAGUGAUGAUGGACGCAAUUAGCGGACUGUACGAUUGCGUCAGCAGUAUCGACAUCCCCCCCGAGUUUGUCUUCAGCGCGCUCGUGGGCCUUUACCACACCCCCAGGGACAGGCGCAUGUUGAGAAGAUGGGAGGACUUUCAACGACACGGGGUGCUCGAAUUCAGCUAUUGCUUGCAUGGUAUCCUCUACUGGGGACACGAUGAUGAUCAUUCACACCGAAAUUUGCGUGUAGCCGACGGAACAUGUUAUUGUAGGCCGAAUUUGGGAUUGGAACGAGUGAAUAAUGCCCCGAUUAACCGGUCCACGAGGUGCAUCCGGGUGAAGAGAGAUGGGCGGAAAGAUGCAGAUGGGAAUAUAGAUGGGAAGUUGUGCUUUUCUUGGGGGAAGAGGGUGGGACCUUGCCAGGAUUUGACCAAGUGGGAGUAA